AUGGCCAACUACCGAAGCCUCAUAUCUAUAGCCACUGGAUUGAUUGUCUUCGCCUUUAUUGUGUAUUUCAGGUUGGGCCAUGCAAAACCAUUUGCGAUACCACAGCUUGAAUUCGGUGGGCCGGGACAUAAACGAUUUGAUGGAAGAUGGAAUUUCAAGAGGGACGCGGAAAAUCUGAUGCUCGACUCCCAUCAAUGCGAACAGGCUUUUCCAGGCUUGUUUCAUGAAGUCGAAAGACCUGGGAAUGACAGGAAGGAUUCACCCAUAACGCUUGAAGAGCUUGAUUCGGUUCCACAACAAAAUGGAUAUGUUCGUGCAAUGAUCUACGAUCAACAGCUCUACGUUAUUGCAACAGCUGGAGGUAUCUAUUCUCGCGAACUCGCUACCCUCCAUGCUUUACACCGGGCUAUUCUAUCAUCACCCGAGCCUCUCCCAAACAUCGAGUUCGCUUUCAACACCGACGAUCGAAUCCCCUCGGUCGCUAUAUGGGGUUAUGCCCGGCGCGCCGAGGACACAAACAUAUGGCUCAUCCCUGAUUUUGGCCAUUGGUCAUGGCCCGAGACAAAAGUUGGAUCUUUGCGAGAAGUCCAGAUGAAAGCCUCACUGACCGAACAAGCCGAUGGCUGGUCGUGGUCCAGAAAGAUACCAAAAAUCCUCUGGCGAGGCGCUACCAUGGGUCUGGAGUUACGGGAGCGAUUUCUCAACGUCACCGCCGACCAACCUUGGGCAGAUGUCAAGGCUUUGAAAUGGAGGGAUAAAGACUCCAUGGCUAAUGAUCUCAAAUCAAUGUCUGAGCACUGUCAGUAUAAAUAUCUGGCUCACACAGAAGGAAAUUCCUAUUCGGGACGACUCAAGUAUCUCCAAAGCUGCCGGUCCGUCGUGGUCGCGCACAAAAUGGACUGGAUCCAACAUUACCACCCUCUUAUGCGAUCGAGCGGACCCCGGCAGAAUUUUGUCGAAGUCGAGCGCAACUACGAGAAUCUCGCAGAGAAAAUUACUUGGCUUCAAAAGCACGGCAGCGACGCCGAAAGAAUUGCUUCAAACAAUGUCAAAGUGUUUCGUGAGAGAUAUCUGACCUCUGCCGCUGAAGUCUGCUACUGGCGAAAAUUGAUUCACGGUUGGUCAAAAGUGAGCUUUCAACCAGAGUUCUUCGAGCUUGUGAAUGGAACGAAGAAUUGGAGAGGCGUACCAGUGGAGUCUUUCAUGUUGGAGCGAAGACUUAGGUGGGAUCCCUAUUGA